CACCACUCCAGGCCCCCCCUGCAACCCCCCCUCCUCGACUCUCUCGCUGGCCCGCAAACAUGUCCAAGGGUGCAAAGUACCUGCUAGUCUCCCUUCCCACCUCGAUAUCGCCCUCCAACCACCCCGAUGAAGCUCUCACUGCCCUCCGUUCCACAGUAACUAGCGACUACGGCACCACCUACCCGUUCUCAAUUCCGACCUUCAAGAUUGGGACACUCGAUGCGCUCGUGCAGCAGGCGGAUGAUCUAGCGAAGCUGGAUAGUGCGUGUGAGGGCGUCGUGGGCAAAGUGGGGGAUAGCUUGAAAGUCAUAUUUGACGGCGACGAGGAUAAGGCGCUACAACAGAAGACGAUCAACGACAAGCCUGUUGACCAGUACCUGCGCACAUUUCAGUGGAAUAAGGUCAAAUACCGGGCAGAUAAACCGAUCGCGGACUUGAUAGACUCGCUACAGAAGGAAAUCUCCGGCAUCGAUAACGACGUCAAGGCCAAAUUCAGCCAGUGGAACCAAGUCAAAACCAACCUUGCCGCCUCACAACGAAGACAGACCGGUAACCUCUCCUCAAGGUCUCUCACGACAAUAGUAAAACCCUCCACCCUCAUCCAGGACUCCGAAUACCUUGACACCCAUCUUAUCGCCGUCCCCAACCCCAACGUCAAAGACUUCUUCAAGACCUACGAGACCCUCGCACCCAUGGUAGUCCCGCGAUCCGCAACCCAGAUAGCAACCGACGACGAAUUCACCCUCUUCGCCGUCGCAGUCUUCAAAAAGCACUCCGCAGAAUUCGCCCACAAGUGCCGCGAGAAGCGGUGGACGCCACGCGACUACAAAUACAAAGAAGGCGGCAAAGAGGAAGAAGCGCGCGAAGUCGACAAGCUAGAAAAGGACGCACAGAAAUUAUGGGGGGAGGCUUUACGGUUGGGGCGGACUGGAUAUAGCGAGAGCGCCAUGAUCUGGGUGCAUGUGCUUGCGCUACGGGUGUUUGUGGAGACGGUACUGCGGUAUGGCCUGCCGCUUGACUUUGUCUGCGGGCUUGUGCAGACAAACUCUAAACAGGCAAAGAAAGUCAAAUCAAACCUCGACGCCCAAUAUUCGUAUCUCGGCGGAAACGCAUUCGGCAGGGAUAGCAAAGGCCGCAUCAAGAAAGAUGACCAGGCCACGUCAAAUGACAUGCAGCAAGCUGGCCAUAUGGGUGAUGAGGAGUACUCGGCAUAUGUUUAUUACGAGUUCGAAAUCGUAUAGUGCAACGUCUUGCCGACGUUUGGGGCGAGCCAUUAGCGCCUUGCACGGAGGUUACGUUGGUCGAAAAUGGCCGUAGAAAUAGCUAAGUCGCCAAAUUUAUACCUUUGCCAUGUUCAUUUGUGUUUCAUGGGUAGAUGACUGUUUUAAAGUUAAGCGGUACUCGCAUAACGAAUGUGGAUUCCAG